AAAUGUGACUGUUUCUAAUUAACUUUUAAUUGUUCAAUUAAUUAAACUAAUUUAAACCAUGCCGUUGUACACGCUUCAAAAUAAAUCUCCACUCUUUCACCUCUCCGUCGAUAAGAUAUUGACAAGCUGGACGGCUCUCGAGCUUGCCGUCCAGAAUGGACAAGGGGGCGCGUACGGGAAGCAAAUAGCGACCUGGAUGCGCGGCGCGGUGGAAGAUUUCUUUUAUCAGAAUGAUGACCUCAUGGCGGACGAAGUCGCAGAAUUUCUCGCCACCAUAAUGAACCAAGAAUUGGACACGAUUGUAGACGAUAAUUCCCUCGAUGAGAUUGGCGACCGUCUCUGCGCCCACUUUCGACUCGCUAUGGAUCCCAUGAAGACGGAGGAGUUGACCAAACUUCAUGUCGAGAUGGAUGCCGCAGCCGCUGCGGUCAAACCACCCCCACAACAUCAACAAGCUCCUGGGGAUGAGUCUGAUUCUGACGAAGAUGAUGAUGAAGAAGCGAUGGAGACCGAGGAAACAGGAUCAACUCCGACAAAUGGUCACUCCUCCUCCUCCCACCGCGCUGGAGACAACACCGUCACACAACCGGACGAAGAAGGAUGGGUAACUGUCGUCAAAUCGAGCAAGAAACAUUAACAAAUCCACAAUUAAAAGUUAAUAAUUAAAUCUUUAUUUUGUACCCAUAAAAAAA